UAGUUUGUUUAUCUAAAACCCUGUGAGUUUGAAUUUCUGCAGUGAUUAAGCUGAGGUGCAGGGGGAGAAACAGCAGUGAUGUAUCUAUUGAUUUAACAUUGUGGCUUCUUUUCUUUUCUUACAGUACAUGAGCUUUCUUCAAAUGAUACCCACAAACACAGAUGGCCUUGCCUCGUCCGUGUGCUUUCACUCUCUUUUCUCAUUUUCUUUUCUCACUUCAGAUAUCAGUAUCAUUUUCUCCAAAGGCUUGCCAUCCACUUCUCGCUGGUCUCGCAAACAUUGCCAUUUUGAAAAUCACUACUUUUCACAAAUGCAUUUAAAAUGUUGGUCUCAGAACUUCGGUAUGGAUUUCUGUGGUAUCUUGUUUGCUUGAACUGCUGUUUCUUUAGCCAGUGAGUCAGGCGAAUGAAAAGACGAAACACUGGGAAUUGAUGCGCAUCUGUGUGUUCUCAAAACACAUUUACUGUCCCUGAUUAAAAGUCUGUAAUUAAGGGGCAUAAUGUGAUAUUUGCUGCUAAUUCAGUGCUUUAUUUGCAACUGGAGCAUUUGAUUUGCAAGAAUGACACUUCAGCUCUCAGUGAGCUGCCUUCAGAGCCCCCAGAAUAAGAGUGACUAAAAGAGUAAUGUAUUAUAUGGCAUAUUACUGAAAUUAUAAAACGACCCCUGGCAUACACACAUUCUUAUCACCUUUUAAUAAGGGUAGCAUUUCAUUUUCGUGUUUUGUUCUUUUCUGGGUUUAGCAGUUCCAGUUGCUGUGUACUUCCUGUAUAAUGUCCAUUCUUUGCAGCUGCAGCAGCAGUAGUAGUCGCCUUAUCAUAAGAAAAAGGACUACAGCAGGAUGUUCAUUUAACUCACACAUUCAAAGUGUUGGGCUGGAAAAAGAGCUUGAAUGCAUCAUUUUAAAACCGUUUAGAGGAACCUCGUGGUUUGCCAUGGUAUUUCCAUGACAUUUAAUCAUGUUAAGAGUUUAGAGGAUUGCAGUGCAUGCUGGGAGAUGUGUCUAUAGGAUCCAAGGGCUGCACCGAAGUGAAAUCUGUAGGAUAAGCUCAGCAUGAAAUGCGCGGGGAAAGAGACUCGGCUAUAAUGGCAUUGUACAAUGGCACCUAGCUGCAGGCGCAGGAUAGCGAGAGCUGCUGAUCAUGUGAUGUGCCACAGUGGGUCCACUCACAUCGCACUGUCUUCAAUGGGUCCUCAUCUGCUUUUCAAAUGACGAGUCUCUCUCAGCCUCCCUUCCCACAUGCAAAAGGAGCCUACAAACAGGCUGAGUCAAGUGAGGGGAAACGUGGCAGCUUGGAAAGCCACUCGACCAUGGGCCUCAUUCAGUAUGCGCUUCCCGCUGACAGUCUGAUGAGCCGCAAUCAGCCCUCCCUCUCUGACUGGUCCAUGCUGGGGCAAUGAUUGAUUCCCUUCUUCUACUCCAGAUGAGCGUGCCUCCCUGUCAGAGUGAGGCGAUUUGGAGCUGAAGGUGUGCUGUUGCCAGUUUCCUGCCAUUUGGAAAGGAAGACUGGAGGAAGGCCAUCUAACCGAAGAUAUUAUCUGACUGACUGCUGGCGAGUGCGGAGGAAGCAUUUAAAGAGACAAGUGCAGCGUUGAGUUAAAGCAUCUGCCUGGCUUCCCAGCGUUGCCACGAUGAGUGAAAGUCGAAGGGAAGCGCUGGCGGCGGCGGCGCCCGAGCCCACCACCGCCUCCUCCGCCACGGCUGGCUCCAACACCACCAACAUGGCCGGCCCGGGCACCGGCGAGAAGGACGAGGCCUUUUCCAAGCUGAAGGACAAGUUCAUGAACGAACUGAACAAAAUCCCGUUGCCAUCAUGGGCCAUCGUCUCUAUUGCCUUUGUGGCUAUCAUCCUGGUGUUAGCAUGCUGCUUCUGCAUCUGCAAAAAGUGGAUAUUCAAGAAGAAAAACAAAAAGAAGGGCAAAGACAAGGGCAAAAAUGCCAUCAAUAUGAAGGACGUCAUAGAUGGGACCAAGACCGAGGCCUUGAAGGAUGAGGAGGAUGCGGAGACAGGGCUGACUGAAACGGAGAAAGAGGCCGAGCCCAAGGAGGACCAGAAACUGGGCAAAUUGCAAUACUCCCUGGAUUACAAUUUCACAGAGAAUACGCUCAUAGUGGGGAUCAUCCAGGCAGCCGAGCUGCCUGCUAUGGAUAUGGGUGGCACAUCUGACCCAUACGUCAAGGUCUACCUGCUGCCUGACAAGAAGAAGAAGUUUGAGACCAAGGUCCACAGGAAGACUCUCAAUCCCGUCUUCAAUGAGCAGUUCACCUUUAAGGUCCCCUACGUCGAGCUCGGUGGAAAGACGCUGGUGAUGACGGUGUACGACUUCGACCGCUUCUCCAAGCACGAUGCCAUCGGCGACAUCAAGGUGCCCAUGAACAAGGUGGACUUCAGCCACGUAACAGAGGAAUGGCGAGAUCUGCAGAGCGCUGAGAAGGAGGAGCAAGAGAAGCUGGGUGAUAUCUGCUUCUCUCUGCGAUACGUUCCCACCGCCGGCAAGCUGACCGUGGUCAUCCUCGAGGCCAAAAACCUGAAGAAAAUGGAUGUGGGAGGCUUGUCAGAUCCAUAUGUGAAGAUCCACCUGAUGCAAAACGGCAAGAGGCUGAAGAAGAAGAAGACGACAAUCAAGAAGAACACCCUCAACCCUUACUACAACGAGUCCUUUAGCUUUGAGGUCCCCUUUGAACAAAUCCAGAAAGUGCAAGUUGUUAUAACUGUUCUGGACUAUGACAAGAUCGGCAAGAACGAUGCCAUUGGCAAAGUCUUUGUGGGCCUCAACAGCUCGGGGACGGAGCUGCGCCACUGGUCCGACAUGCUGGCCAACCCCAGGAGACCCAUCGCCCAGUGGCACGUGCUGAAGCCUGAGGAAGAGGUGGACGCUCAACUCUCCACCAAGAAAUAGGCAGGGCCCUUUCCGUGCCUGCCUUGUAGUACUCUUUAGCCAGUAUGUGUAAAUACCUCAGUGAUAUAUGGGUCCAUCCAUGUAACCCCCCCUGCACCUCUUUACCCCACAUCUCUCAGCUUUAUCGCUCUUAAAAUCACAAACGGUCCUAAUUGUUCAAACUUCCUGCGACAUCUCAUCCUCUGCUUCUUUUCUAUCAGGUUUCCUAGUUUUCUCGCUUUCUCUCUCUCUCUUUGUCCUUUUUUCUCUCUAUUUUUUUUCUUUAUUCUUUGGUUCCUCUCCAUCUCUGUGCCCUGAACUGCCCUGACCAAAUGCCCCCUUCUUUUAAGCAAUAUGAUCUGUAUAGAUAGCGCAUGACUGAAAGAAUUUAUUGUACCACAGUUGUAUAUAUAAGUAUGCAGACAAAAAUGAUUUCUAGUUUAUGUGUUUGUAUGUUGUUACCCGUUUCCUAUUCUGUGUAUAUCUUGAUGUUUUUAAUAAGAUGUUCUAUUUUAAAUUAUGUAAAUGCAGAUAUAGAGGAAAGCCAAUAUUAUAUAUCCCAGGAUUUAAAAAUUCUACCAUAUUACCUUAUUGCAUUCCUUAAAAAAAAUAUUCCAACCUACAAGACACCAGUGGAAAUAUACUCACACUGUAAAGGACAAAGUCUGGCCAUAAGUUCAGCAAAACGAUCAUUGCAGAAAAGAUGAAUAUGUACACACAAAACUCCAAAAUAAAAGGCCAUUAACUAAUAUGGUUCUGAGGGGGGAAAAAUUAUGCUGCUUGGAAUUAUACAAGCACAUGAUUUCUUAUGACUUUUUCUACUAAUUGCUCAGUCAGAGGACCUCUAUGUUUAGCUUGAUGCACACUCUUACCACAAACAACAGCUGAAACGAACCAGUUAGCAUUUCAUUUCUCCGCAUUUGGCAGUUUCCUCUGAGUACAACAGGUCCACGUUUUAAAGGCUCGAUUUCUUUUUCCACAAGUGGGAACUUUUGCCUCUGGGAAAAAAAAAAAAAGCACUCGACUCAUUCCUCAACCCUUCAGAAACUGACCCCACGUGGAGAGGAAAAACAAAAAGCACCAAGCUGUAGCCAUUGUGUCCUUAAGCUCGUUUGACGAUAUUUUGUUAACUGCUUCCUUUGAACAGCCUUGUCGUUGUUGGACGUAAAUCGCAUUUAGGCCGAGGGGUCCGAUCUCUCAGAGGGAGUUUAAAAAACAAAAAAACAAACAAAAAAAAUAAAAAAACAAGAGUCGUGACUCUGGUUUUAAGAGGACUAUUUUUUAGAGCAAUUCAACGUCUUGACUAUUUUUAGUAAACUGCAUGGUUUUUUUGGGUUUUUUGGGGGAUCUUUUUUUUUUUUACAAUCUUUACUAAAGACUGGGGGGUAUCUAUGACACCAGGGGCUGUCUCUUCUGAUACGGUCCCCUUGCCUUCAAUCAGGAAAGGAGAGGAAAAUCAAAGAGUGAUGCUUAAACUUUGGGUCAACGUACAUGAGUGCGUUGACGGAGGCGAAGUGAGUUUCUAAACACUGCCAUUUCCAGGGAGGUGACUUAUGUGGAGACCCUCUCUUCAUGCACACUCCCACUUGCUAGUGGCCGUAGCUUUGGUUUAUCGGGAACAAUGUCUUUGGCUGCAAUGGUGCCCUGAAUCGCAGUCUUUGCUUUGCGUUGCCUUCUCACAGUGACAAUAGAGUUAGCCAUGUUUUACUGCCAAUUUUAACUUUUACGUGGCUGCUGUUUUGCACUGGAUGUCUUUGAACUAGCUUGUUGACUUCUUUAGGGACAGUUUUUUGUUUUUGUUUUUUGUUUGGAGGAUUGUUGGCUGGCCUUGGUUUCAGGACACCCGCAGGGGGAGCCAGAAAUCCGCCUGCUCGAUCGGCUUUGUUUAAAAGAAAAAAAAAAACAAGGAAGGAAGGGAAAAAAAAGGAAACAAUGAUGACAAAUCAGCCAACAGCAGUUACAUCAGUUUUGUUUGGCACAGGACUACACCAGGAGAAUGCGAGAUAACCGUAAAGUUAAUGGUCUGCGUAGGUUAUUAGUCCACCAUGUCCUUUACUACGGGUCCAAUUAGCAGAGGAAUAAGUUUUAAUCCAUGAAAACCAUGAAGUCUCUUAUCUUGGAGGAACCUCUUGCAUAUACUCGACGCUAGCUUCAGGAGGACUUUCUAAAUGUUUUCAAUGUUAUUGUGUAGUUGAUAGCACUAUUAUGAAAAAGCUACUCGUCAUUCCAUAUGAGUCUCUGAGGACUGCUUUGUGUAUCACUGUGACUGCCGUGUGUGCUUAGACAUGUAGACUUAUCAGUAGGUAGCGAAGCCGGUUUGUUCUGUAGUGAUGUCGUAGCGUUUAAUGCCAUUUUCCCUUCUACACGCGGAGGAAGAGAGAGCGCGUGGCGUCGCCCGGUUUCCCCGCGGGCCCCCCACACCCCCCGUGAUGAAAACAAAACGAAAUGAAAAGACGAGCGGGGUCGCUUCACACAGCAUUUUGUUGAGCACUGUGCAAUAUCUGUAUGUUCAUCCCAUAGUGUUAACAUGGGUGGCACUGCCCGAGAAAAGGAAAAAAUUAAAAUAAAUAAACAAAGAUUCUAACUCUAUGGAGGAUGAUUCCGGUCCAGAGAGAUGUUACCCUGGCCACUGAAACGGUUAGGACACAGCACACCAGGUUCAGCUUGUAGGCUGGAGCUUGACACCUCUGUUCGGGGUUCCCUCCCUUUUCGCGGAUACGUUUUCUCCUCUUGCACACAGUUCCGGCAUCAGAAGCUUCAGGGAGUAUUAGUUCAAUACCAAACGAGAUUCUACAUUUAAAUAUCCCCUUAAAGUUCCGUGUAUAUAUUUACAUAAAUGUGUUAAAAAUGUAUAUCUAGAAUGAAUAUAAAGUGACAUGAAUAUGAUUAUUCAGCCGCAGAUAUCGUUUUAUCUGUCUGCCAUCCAUAGACGAUAUCUCAUCACCAUUACGUCAUCUUUAUUAUGGAUUUCUUUUUUUAUUUGUUAACUGCUCUGUUUAUUCAAAAACCCCUUUUAUAUUUGAGAUGAAAUGUCUGAAUGUACAGUAUGGACUGUGUUGGUGUAGAUUACUUUAACCGUGAGAUUAGAUGUACUUUGCACUUUUUGUUGUAAAACAGAGAAGAAGAAAAAAGUAAUUUUGUUUAUAUUUUUUCAACUAUUAUAUAUUUUGUUCUCCAUAACCCUUUGGGGUAAAAUCUCCCCUGCCUGAUAGCAUUCCAAAACCACUGAAUAUACUAAAACACAGCUGCAUUGCCAAUCCCCCUGCAACCGAUGGAUGAUUUUAUUUGACAUGUUUCACAUAUGUAGAUUCAUGAAUUCCAGUACAGCUUCAGAUUUAAAUAAGAAUAAUAAAAAAAGGAUUUAAGUAGACAAGGUAGAGGCUCUGUAAAAGUGGCCUGAGCAAUUCAACAUGAAUGCAAAAACGGGAAUAAUCCGAUCAAAGCGGAAUCGCGACAGCACAAACAGAAACGUGCAGAAACGAAUCAGGGAAUUGAGUGAAGGGCGGCGUUGCGGACACGUCGGACUGCGUGGAGGUGCGUGGAAACACCUCAAAGCAAAAGCCAUCACGCUCCCCGCAACGCAGUGCUCCUCUUAUCGCGAUUUCCUACCAAAGUAUGCACGCAUAAUCAAACCCUAAAUUCUCCUGUUGUGGAAAGAAAAUGACCUUCUCAAGCUCUCUGUGUGACAAGGAACUCCAGAUUCUCUCCAGUGACACUGACCUUCCAACAACAAAGCUGUGUAAAGUAUUAGAAUCUGAUGCUGUAGAAAGAUCCUAGUUGCCUUUGUGUAUAUCAACUGCCUGCUUGAGUAUUUUGUGUGUGGAAAUUUUCUCUGUAAUCUUGUAGAACUGUUCGGGGUGUUUUUUCCUGCCAUAUCGCUCGCGGUGACGGCGAGCCGCUGACGGUUAUAUUUGCUGUGUAUACCUUCAUUUUUGACGAGGUGUUUUACAGUUUUGUUUCACUUUGUGUAGUGAUUCACUCUGUGGAGUUUUCUGACUGUUGUUAUAUAACUUCAUAUACACAAAUGAUCAAUAAAAAUGUUUUAUUUCCUGUU